ACAGUGACAAUUCAGGGCUAUUCAUCCCAGAUCGCAGUACAGAAGUUCAUUGGGUUUAUGCUCAUAGUAGAACCAAAAGAAAUCAAAAAUGACAUCUCAGCAAGACCUGAUGUCGGCUCGUUUCAGCUUUUUGGUGACGCCAUGUGUAAGUACUCAGAAGAAUGUCCAAAUGCCAUUGUGCAUGCUUCUUUGAUUCCUAAACAAGACAUACAAGUGAUGUGGAAGGCUCCUCCAGCUGGUACAGGAUGCGUUGUUUUCAAAGCCACUGUACAAGAAAGUCGGGAUCUCUGGUACAUGGACGAAGGAGGCUUAAUAAAAGAAUUAUGCGAGGAAGAGCAAGAAAACCAAGACGAGCAGCCAGAGAUUAUCGAAGACUGUUGUGCGUGUGAUGAAGCCAAAUAUGAGCUCACGUUUGAAGGCCUGUGGUCCAGGCAUACUCAUCCCAAAGACUUUCCCACAAACGAAUGGUUAACCCACUUCUCUGACAUCAUUGGUGCUUCUCACACUGGCGACUUCCGCAUGUGGCAAUAUGGUGGAAACGCAUCUGAUGGGGUCAGGGAAGUUGCAGAAAGAGGAAUCACCAAGAAGCUGGAAUCAGAGCUAAAGACAGAGUCAAACAAAAUCCGCACAAUCAUCAAAGCAAGAGGUUUGUGGUACCCCAAUGUCCAGGGUAAGACAUUUGCUGUUUUCCGAGUAGACAAAUAUCAUCAUCUGAUGUCACUGUUGACCAUGCUUGGACCAAGCCCAGACUGGAUUGUAGGAGUUAGCGCACUGGAACUCUGCCUCAAGAAUUGUUCUUGGGUAGGAGAAAAGGUCAUGAAUUUGUAUCCUUGGGAUGCUGGCACGAUGAAUGGAUAUACAUAUAUAGAGGAUCCGAAAAUCCCAACUUCCCCAAGAGAAAAAAUUCGACGUAUCACAUCUUCUACACCAAAUAAUCCUUUGUCUCCUUUCUACGACCCAACGGGUGCUCCAAUGAAACCAGUGGCCAGGCUGACCGUUACCCGCCAAAGAGUGUAUGAGAAGCCAUGUGACGACUACACGAUUCCUACCACAUAUAACUCCCUUGAAAUCACCGAUGAUACCUAUUCUAGAAUGGAAUGCCGUGUCAGUGACUGGACAGACUUCCAACCAUGCAGUGUGUCUUGUGGCCAUGGUUUCAAAAUGAGAUCUCGUCAGUAUACCAAUAAAAAGAAAGCAGAAAUGGUAGGUUGCACUGUCCAGCUGGUAGACAAAGAACCCUGCAAUCCACCCUGCGUUGGAAAUAUAAGUUGCCGAACUACAGAAUGGGGCGAAUGGUCAGAAUGUAGUGUCACCUGUGGCAAGGGACUUCGGACACGUAGUCGCAAGUAUCUGGACAACAGGGCACGAAAAACCUGUGCUUUUGAAUUGAUGGAGAAAGAGACCUGCAUGGCACCGAAAGCAGUGUGUGAUACCGAACCUAUAAGGCCAGGAAGACGAAGACCGGAAGUGAAUCCAGAACAGAAUAAUGCAUCUGACGAUUUGCUUUAUAGGAUUCUUCUGGACGUGGAAAUGGACUUAGAUCCGAAUUCCACAUGUGCAGUUACUCAGUGGUCUGAAUGGUCUCCUUGUACCGUAACCUGUGGUAAAGGAUUGAAAGUUCGCACUAGAUUGUAUCUGAAAACGUCUGCAAUGAGCGUGUGCAACGUAGAAUUAAUGCAGAAAGCUCCUUGCACAGCUGACAAGCCGGAUUGCUCCAUUGACUUACAGCAAGCAAAAACUAACAUUACGAUACGCCAUGGGUCGCGAAACAACAAAAUUCCCUUUUGCUCAAUGGGACAUUGGUCUGAUUGGUCUCCUUGUUCUGCAACCUGCGGAGCAGGACUCAGAUUUCGCAGGAGAUGGUAUCUUAACCCAUCUGCGUUGGGCAAGUGCGAUAGAGAAAUACAGCAGCAACUCCGCUGCACAGCCGACAAGCCGGAAUGUCAGAUCAAUAUACAAAAGGCAAAAAAUAAUUGCAUGCAGCCCAAAGAGGUUGGACCAUGCAGAGGAUAUUUCCCACGUUGGUAUUACGACGUAGGAAGGACUAUGUGUCUCCAAUUUAUCUACGGUGGAUGCAGAGGUAACAAAAAUAACUUCGAACGCUAUGCGGACUGCAACAGGAUGUGCGAAACUAUGUUGAGAGCUCCACUUAGUGCUCUCACACCGUUGUCCACUUCACCUGCCCAACCAACUGAAAAGGAACUUCACCCUGUCAUCGACUGUGUCGUGACACCCUGGUCCGCAUGGAGUGAAUGUUCUCAUACCUGCGGCAAUGGACGAAAAGAAAGACGGCGCAUGAUCAAACUGAAUCCUGAAAAUGGAGGGAAACCCUGUCCUGGAAAAUUGGUGCAAAGAAGAAAAUGCAAGGAAAAUCUACCUUGCCCUGACCGAAUGGGAGACAAAGAAGCUGUCGACUGCCAGCUGAAUCCAUGGUCAGAGUGGACACCAUGUACGAAGACUUGCGGUGAAGGAGGGUCACGUCGUCGAACAAAGACCGUGAAGGUAGCCCCGAAGAACAACGGUGCCGCCUGUGGCCCUAAGGUUGAGAGGAGUUACUGCAAUCUCCCCCCAUGUCCGCUAUUCUAGCUACAAAAUAGAAAACGGCGUCAUGGAUAAACUGGAAAUGACUGUAAGUGAGGGAGAUGGAAAUGACUGUAAGUGAGGGAGAGCAUCUACAUAUCAUUGCUAUAUAAUCAUCUCACUUCAUGUCACCAGAGCGAUGGAAAACCGAAAAGAAGGACUAAUGUACUCAAUUAUAUUUGCUGUAGCUGAACCUAAAAUACAAUGGAAAAGCAAAGCAAGAUUUUUUUCUUCUUUCAGUCAUUUAAGCCCUACCUAAAAACUUUUGUACAAUUUUAAUAAAUAUCACAAGAAUAUGGUCUUUAAACAUUAUUUUAUUUCCAUUUGUGUAAUCAAUAUUAUUAAAAGAUAUUUCAAAUAUAAUAUUUUUAGUUUCAUAUAUUUUCUAUUUGAGUGUAAAUCUGAAUAUAUAUUGUAAGUGCUGAUUCUAAAUGCUCAGAUCUACGAUAUUGUGUAACGUUUCGACGUAUUUCAAUUGCAGUGUAAUUUUGACUUUCCAAAUGAUUAUGAAUCUGAUUGUCUAAGGUGUAUUUCCCAAGAAACCAGAAUCUCGUUUUUUAGGUAUUCCAGAUAUUUCUUGUUACAUUUUUAUUCCUAGGAAUUCAAAUAAUGUGCCGGGAGCAUAAAAUUGCUUUUAAUUAAAUUUCAUAUAAUGAAAAUUAAAAAUUCUUAUUUUAUUAAGAGAAGUAAAUUAUUAAAGUUUGUGAUUGGGUGAAUGGGAAAAAAGUGAUCCAUUUCUGAAGCGUAGCGAAAUGCAAUCCAUAUACAACAAAACAAGAAGAUAUUCAGUAUAACUGAUAUAUUAACAUCUGAAUUUUAUUUUAUUUGAUUCAACAUAUGAAUUCUUGGCAUUCUAUUCAAUGAAUAAAAUGCCGAAGACUAAUUGUAUGAACUUUGAACAUGAAAAAUGUCGGUUCAGAUAAGCAAAAACUUAAAAAGAGGGGAAGCAUUAUUGACUUUUGGGGGGGGGCAGGGUGAGAACGAAAAUAAUUUCUAAAUGAAAUAUUAAUGAAAUUGAUUAGCGUACAUAUACUUAAAAGAUUAUUGUAAAUGCAACUAACUGCCAACUUUUUUUUCUUUAAUUUGUGCAGCCAACCAUUCCUGGUAAAUCCUGGUAAUUUCUUGAGAAAUUUCAGGGAAUGCCGGGAAAAAUAAAAACUGCAUAACUGAGAAACCAUAAUGUAAUAGAUAAUUCUAUUGUACUAUUAUCGUAGUUUAUGAUUUUUUAAGGUCAAGUAGGAAACUGAGUCAACAAAUUAAUUAAUAUAAAGCAAUCAAGAUUUUAGAAUAAUUAGUUAAAAUUACUUUAAAAAAAUUUAUCAACAAAAUAAGGCAUAACUUUCAUGUAUUAAAACAUUUUUAAAAAAUGUUUUCAUGUUACAUUCAAUAUUAAAACCUUCUGUUUGUUUAAAGAACAUAUGCAAUACAAGUUAGCUUAAUUCGGUGCAAAUAAUGUGGCAUGCAAAAGCAACUAAAGAAAAACUUAAAUCGUUGAUAACGAACUUAAUAGCUAUCAAAAUUAAUAUUUAAUGGAUAUAAAUAUAUCUAGUGAAAUUGAAAUUUAAAAUCAUAAAUGUAGAACAUAAGGAUAUUUAAAAUAAGUAAAAUUUGUAAUAAAAUUAAUUCUUCCACGGAACAGAAUUAAAACUAGCAGAUAGUUGUAUUAAAUGUUGGAAGCUAAAGCAAAUUAUAAAAUUAUAAAAAUGAUUUACAAGAGACCAAUUUGAAGUGCACAUGAGUUACAAUUGAAUGGUCGUGUUAACAACCUAAAUUACUUUAUUGAAAAACAAUAGGAAACAAAACUAAGACCCUUAUAAGGAUAAAUUUCAGAAUUUUAUUUAUUACUUGAACUAAAUUUUAUUUUAUUAAAAUUAUUUUAUUGAAUGUACAUAAUAAAAAUAUAAUUAAUAUUUGGCUGUAUGUGAAACUACAGUUCCAAUAUAGUACAUUAAAUUUGUCUCUCAUGUAAAUACUGAUACAAAUUGAAAGCAAAGCGUUGUAACAGUAAGGGGAAACGGUUUGUUUCAGUCUUCGAAAUGAGUAAUAGAAAUUUAUCAUGACAUGAAUGACUAUAGGAAACACUUGAAGCGUGUUUUAUAUAAAUUUUAUAUAAAUUUUUAUGCAGCUUAAAAACUAAUAUUGCAUGAGUAAAUCAGAAUGAAAAAGAAAAAAGUGUUCUAUGUUUCAUCAAACUACUACACAAAUAUUGAUAAAUUUGUUAAUAAUUUUGGAGAGCAAAGAAUUUUGCUAUUACAUUUCUGUACUUCGAAAAAUAAACAUAUUUGCUAUAUUAUGUUACAAACAUUAUACAUUAUAUGCUAUAAUAUUAUAAAAAUUACACAUUAUUUUAAUACAUUGUUUUCUCAGUAAUUUUAUUUUAUUUAUAUUGAGAAAAUGAGAAUAAAAAUAAUUCUUUUUUUCUGUUCGAACUGAGUGAAGAAAAUAAUCUUGCUUUCUUUGAAACUUCUUCCUGUGAUGGCAAUGAAAUGUUAGGACGAAGAUUACGAUUCGUGCUCGUAUCGUGAUAAUCGUUUCUGUUUUUGCGAUUUGCCAACAUGUCUUCCUUUAGUUACCAUGAUCAAAAAGUUUAUCGUUUGUAUGGUAGAAUAAUAAAGUUUGAUCUUAGAUUUUGUAAUCGCGGAAA